UGGUAUAAACAUAGGUAUAUUUCACAAUUUCACGUUGAUGUAUUCUUAACCUAAAAUCUGCAGUAAUCCUGAGGGACAUUUCUGUAGUCUAUUCAAAAUCUAGAAUAUUAAGAAUACGAUGAAUUCGUUGCGCACGUGUGCUAGGGUGGCAAUCAAUAUUGAAAGGCUCACUUGCGUCUAUUACAGGGGCGAUAGAGGCAUCAAACGAUGGGUUGCACCAACGUUGGUAGCUAUAAACAGAUUGAACCGUAAACUUGGACCACAACCUGUACCAAAGCGUAGCAAUUUCCUUGACUGGAAUUAUAGUGCAGAAUUAUUUGCAUUCAACCAAAGACUAUCGGAAAAGUUUGACCUCACAUUGCUGGAACAAGCCUUUACUCACAGGUCUUAUGUCAUACAGGAAGAGCAGCGACAGAGAGAAGUUGGCAUAGAGAAUCCUGAAUUAAAUAUCAAGGAUAACAGAGAAUUUAUAGAAGAGGGAAAAUUCCUAACUUUAGAGAUUGUGAAGUGCUAUUUAAGGGAAGCUUUGCCAAGACUACCUGAGGAAGGCAUUUUAGCUUUGAAAGAUCACCUUCUUUCAGAAGAAAUCCUGGCCAAUGUUUCAUCACUCAUUGGAACCAAAGAUAUUAUAUUGAGCGAAGACCAUCCUGUACAACCAAAGACUUUGGCAAACACAUUUUUUGCAUUAGUAGCUGCAUUAUCUCGCAGUGUUGAUACUAUUCACACCAGUCUCUUUGUCCGUGACUUCUUAAUAGCCACACUUUCUGAUAAGGACGUGCUAUCUUUAUGGAGUCCUACUGAUCCAUUGCAAGUCUUGGACGAUAUUCUUGGCAGAGAAAAAAGAGGUCUUGCAGAUUUCCGACUCGCUGCUCAGGCUGGAGUAAACACAGUUUUAGCCACACACCAAGUUGUGGUUUACUCUGAUCAGCAAUUCCUUGGAAUGGGUAUUGCCGAAUCUGUGGAAGUAGCAAAACACGUUGCAGCUCUUGAUGCUUUACAACGGAUGUUUGGGAUAGCCCAUUUCAGCCGACCAAUUCCAUUCAACUUGAACGUGGAUAUAAUUUCGGCGAGAAAAGCGAAUUUACCGCUCACGCGAUGGUGCUCUGAAAAUUUGAAAAAUGUAGUCCAAGUCUGAUUCAUCGUACUGUUAUAGUCGUGAGCAGAACGUACACCUCACAUUUCAUCUGACGUAUAAGAGUGAUGUCGAAGACUUCAUUGAGUCUGUUUAAAAUGCUGAAAUUGUGCCCCAGAGUAAGUCUUGGAUACUUUCUACGACCCACGAUUAACAUCUGUUUCAUAUUUCAUUGUAGAUACAUAUAUUACUUAUCUUUUAAGCCAGAACUCGUGUAUUUAUAUUUAUUGUGAGUGAGAUUUCUCACAGACGUCCUAACAGAUCGAGAUAAUUGCGCAAAAUGCUUUUGUGCCGGUAUAUAUAAAAUAAUCAGAAAUCAUAGUAGAUGAUAACACACGUAGUUCCAAGUUCAAAGUGUCACGAUGACAAUAUUACGGAUUGAUCCUAUCCAUUUAUUUUAAGACCAUGUGAACCUUCGUUUCUCUUCUCCGAAAGAUGAAUGAGUUCUCAAUAUAUACCAGCUGAAUAACCUGGGCUUUUUCCAUGUU